GUUGAAGACAGGACCUUCACAGCUGGAGAACAACAGGAAUGCUUCCUUUGGCUGAGGACCUGAGUCUGGAGAACACAGGAUAUUUCUUCAUAUCACCAAGAAAGAUACAGCAAGAAAGACAGAAACUCUAAAAUGAGAGCUUUAAAUGAUGGUUACCUCUGAGGAGGAGAGCACAAGACAACCUGAGAUGGUGAAGUCAUCUCCACAACUCCACUUCAAGCAAACCUUGUUUGAUGCAAGGCAGAAUAAAGGCAGUUUGUUUUCUCUUUUCUGACUGGUACAUGGCAGACAACAGUAGCCCUCAAUGAAGACUUGGCACAUCAAAGGAUUGUUUCUGGCCUUGAAAACAGCUCAACUUCCAGCUUGUUUUCUAAGAGGAUUGCCUCAGCUGUACUGAAAUCACAGCAGUAUCACCCUUUUAUCAUUUCUUGGCCCUGAUCAUGACUCUCAGAGAUGCACCAAUGGCCUGUGGCCCAGGCAUGGUGAUGAGUGCCUUGUUUUGGUCCGUAGCCAUUGUAUAUAUGACUCAUGUUCGCGGAGUCAAUGGAGACUGCUGGCUAAUUGAGGGUGAAAAGGGUUUUGUAUGGCUUGCGAUUUGUAGCCAAAACCAACCGCCCUACGAGGCCAUCCCUCAACAUAUCAACAGUACCAUCGUGGAUCUUCGUUUGAAUGAAAACAAAAUUAAAAGCAUACAUUACUCUGCCCUCAGUCGCUUUGCCAAUUUGACAUACCUGAACAUGACAAAGAAUGAAAUUUCCUACAUAGAAGACGGGGCAUUUUCUGCUCAGUUUAACCUGCAAGUACUCCAAAUGGGCUUCAACAAGUUACGAAACCUAACAGAGGGAAUCCUCAGGGGUUUGGGAAAACUACAAUACCUUUACCUCCAGGCAAACCUAAUAGAGACGGUGACUCCUAAUGCUUUCUGGGAAUGUCCCAACAUAGAGAACAUUGAUCUGUCCAUGAAUCGUAUCCAGCAGCUAGAUGGAUCCACGUUCACCAGUUUGACCAAACUCACCACUUGCGAGCUAUACACCAACCCAUUCAAUUGUUCGUGCGAAUUACUCGGUUUUGUCAAAUGGCUAUCGGUUUUCCCAAACAGGACAAAUGAGCGGAUGGUCUGCGACUCCCCGUCAGGGGUCUCCGGAUAUAGUUUACUGAGCCAGAAUCCAAACAAUCCAACAUAUCGAAAUGCACUUCACAUGCUCACAACAGUGUGCACUGAUGACUACGUGACCCCGUUCAUUGCCAUUCCCACAGAGUCGUCAACACCUCCACCGGACUCAACACUCUGUGGGCUGGAAGACUGUCCAUCAGGAACCGAGCCAGAUGACAUAACCAUAAGUGUAACCUACGGCAGUGUGGAGGUGACACCUCUGAUGAAGGUGAAGCAGGUGUCUAACACCGGAGCCAUCAUUACAGUUCAGAUCCCGAAUCCUUUCAAGAAGAUGUACACCUUAGUUUUGUACAACAACAGCUUCUUCACAGAUAUACAAACUCUUGCCGAGGAAAAGAAGGACAUCGAACUGAAGAACCUCAAACCCCACACUAACUACACAUACUGUGUCGCCUCUGUACGCAACUCUCUGAGACACAACCACACUUGUCUGACUAUCACCACUGGGCCUCGGAUUGAAAAAGACAGAGGAGCAAACAACGCAAAUGCUACUCAUUACAUAAUGACAAUUUUAGGCUGCCUCUUCAGCAUGGUCAUUUUUCUUGGGGUGGUCUACUACUGUUUGCGAAGAAAACGUCAGCAGGAUGAAAAGCACAAAAAAGCAGAUAGCCUGAAGAAAAACAUCAUGGAACUCAAAUAUGGACAAGAAAUCGAAGGGGGAACCAUGUCUCGAAUGUCACACAAGCAGUUGCUGGCCGGGGAGAGCAUGUCGCGUAUGCCAUACUUACCGUCUGCGAGUGAAAUGGAGCAAUACAAAUUCCAAGAGAUAAGCGAAACUCCUAAAAUGAUGAAAGGAAAUUACAUGGAGGUGCGGAGUGUGGACCACCAUGAACGCAGGGAUUGCGACAUGGGGCCCGGUAAUAGCCAGGGCUCAGUGGCAGAGAUUUCAACAAUUGCCAAAGAGGUAGAUAAGGUCAACCAGAUCAUUAACAACUGUAUAGAUGCCCUUAAGUCAGAGUCUACCUCUUUUCAAGGGGCUAAAUCUGGAGCAGUGUCGACAGUAGAGCCGCAGCUUAUGUUAAUAUCCGAACACCCACAAGGUAAAUCCGGCCUGUUGUCCCCCGUGUACCAGGACAGUUACCAUCAUUCUCUUCAAAGGCAUCGGACCUCAAAUGCCUCGCCAAAAAGGCCCAGCACAGCCACAGGUGGACCCAUGCGAAGCCCCAGGCCUUAUCGCCCUGAAUCCAAGUACAUCGAGAACACUUCCCCAAAGGGAGAGACCAUCCUCACCGUCACACCUGCUCCGUCCAUGAUGAGAGCCGAGGCGGAGAAGAUUCGUCAGUACACUGACCAUCGGCACUCAUAUCCCGAUGCUCAGAUAGAGGAGCUCGAAGGGCAUGACGGACAAAGGUCUUCCAUGUUGGAGCCGCUGACUCAUUCCCGCUCCAGAGACUUGGCAUAUUCCCAGUUGUCUUCUCAGUACCACAACCUUAGCUAUUCCUCCAGUCCCGAGUACCACCUCAAACCUUCACACAGCAUCUGGGAGCGUUUCAAACCCCAUCGUAAACGGCACAAAGAUGAGGAGUACAUGGCUGCAGGCCACGCGCUGCGUAAGAAAGUCCAAUUUGCUAAGGAUGAGGACCUGCAUGAUAUUUUGGACUAUUGGAAAGGCGUAUCAGCCCAAAACAAAUCAUAAACCUCUUUCGAUGUUUUUUUUUUGUUUUAAUUGAGCAGAAAUUGGCUGAACUGGGACGAGGACUUAAAGAGCAGACUUGCCAAUGAUAUUCAACCUCCCAAACAUGUACGAAACUCUUUUUUGAACAUGAGAAAACGUGAAUUAACCUUCUAGAAAUUGAUCCACCAUGUAAAGUACCUGAUGGGAAAAGUUUAUCUAUCAAAAGAAGAUAUUUAUUACAAAUGAAUGAUAUAUAUGUUACAUUGCAUAUGUUGGAUUAUAGGUUUUUUGGGUAACGCAUGGCUAAGUCCUGUGACGGUGGAUUUGCUGUUGUGUAAUAUGAAACUACUAUAUGAAGAUAUGUCCAAUGAAAUCUCAGUAUUUUUGAAGAAUUGAAACCCUUUCUUUGAAAUUCCUGUUUCCUCCUAGAUUGCAUUUAUUUAAUAUAACUAAAUUAUGUACAGAUAUGGGUUUAUAUUAUUUGAACUGUUUGUUGUGUAAAUAGAGUGUGUUAGUGACUGUGCCGGGUGGUUUAUCAGAUGAAGCGCUGUCUAUUUCAAUCGUUUUGUUGCAUAGAAUGGCAGGUGUCAUUUCAAAUCAGUCAGAAUAUUUGGCACUUCUAACCUUUUUCACUGGUUUCUUUUUUAUAUAUUGUAUCUUUUUUGGAUGUAAUGAUAUCAAAGUGAGUGUUGACGAUGGUAUUGAAAUCAAAUGAUAUAAUCUAUAUAGCAUUUUUCUUCAUGGUCGUAGCUACAAGAACUGACUUGUAAGCAUACCAUUACUGGUAACAUCCUUAAAAUGCUCAAUACACUGUAUGGGAGCUUAUGACUCAACAACUACAAAACAAGAGGCUAAUGCUUAAGCUAAAAACUGGUCAGCAGCGAGGUAACACGAUUAUCACCAAACGUGGGAACAAAUUUAAAGUGUCAGUUGCCUGAAUCAACUGUCAGAGAGGCAGAGAGGUGCUAAUGAUGCUAACUGCUUACUUCUUUAUUUUUUUUAACUAAAUAUGACCACUUAGCUACUAACUUGUAGAGUACUUAAAAACCUACAACUUACAUCUCUGAAUUGCAAACAAUUUUUUUUUUCUUUUAGUAGGUAGAGGAGAAAGGGCUUGACUGUUUACGGAACCAUUUUUAGUUAACCUACUCCAAGUCAUUCCAGGCCUUUUUGUUUUGAAUUUCUUUCUCUUUUUUUUUGUACACAUCGUGUGUACCAUAUCAGCCAUGUACUAACUGAUAACACUGCAGUACAGUAAAUGUAAAAUGUAAACUGCUUGUAGAUAAGGAGGAGAUAAGGUGAGAAGGAACCAGGGGGUUACAGAUUUACAGGAUUUUAUUAUUGCUAAUAUGCUUAUUAGCAUUUAUGUGAUACCCAUGCAGUCUGGAACAACAGUCAGGAACAUCUUACACUAAUGCCACAAGGGUUAAGUUAGUCUUGACUUUAUACACUACCAUGCAUUACACAUAACCGUGGAUUCUGGAUUAUUUAGCUUAUUUCUAGGCUAACAGCACAUGCAUUAUUGCAAGGUUUUACAGCAAACUAGGUAAGGAUAGUGCUAUCUCACAAAGCUCGCGCAGCUAUCAAGACCACAUCAGUUACAGGUAAAUAAUUAGAACCGCAGCUGUAAAC